AUGAAAUUAAUCAAGAAAGAAAUUGCUGCCAAAGAUGGCGAGGGUUACAUUGAACUCAUGCCCGAAAUUGAUGAAGACCUUUGGCAUUUAUAUCAUAUUAUUGCUAUUGGAGAUCGUGUUCGAGCUACAACCAUUCGUAAAGUAUCAAAAGAAUCAAAUACAGGACUUGUUAGCAAUGAAAAGGUGAAAAUUACGAUCACCAUUGCUGUAGAAAAGAUUGACUUUGAUCCGAAGGGAAAGUCUUUUCGUAUUUCUGGAAAGAAUGUUACUGAAAAUCAAUAUAUCAAACUCGGACAAUAUCACACCUUUGAUUUAGAGUUAAAUCGUAAAUUGUCAAUUUCCAAAGCAAGAUGGGAUCAAGUCUUUCUCGACAGAAUUGAGGAAUCCAUUGAUAUGACUAAAAAUUCAGAUUUGGCUGCUGUUAUCAUGUCAGAAGGAAAAGCCCAUCUGUGUCUCAUUUCACAACACAUGACAAUUGAAAAACAAAAGAUUGAGAAGAGUAUUUCAAAGAAGCGAUAUGCAGAGUCACAUGAAAGUGAUUUGAAUAAGUUUUUCGAUGCCAUCAUACGAGGAAUUCAACAACAUGUGAAUUUUGAUAUUGUGAAAUGUGUCCUGUUGGCAUCUCCUGGAUUUACUAAUGAACAAUUUCUCGAAUACAUGAACAAGAUAGCCCAACAAAAAGACCUCAAAGAUUUAUUGGCCAAUAAGGAUAAAUUUGUUUGUGUGCACUCAAAUACAGGGCAUUUACAUGGAUUGAAAGAGGUCUUGCAAGAUGAAUCUGUUCUGAAGAAAUUAUCCGAUACAAAGGCAGUUAAGGAAGUGAAGGCUCUUGAGGAAUUUUAUAACAUGCUCUCAGUGGAUCAAAACCGUGCUGUGUAUGGGCCAAAUCAUGUCAUGAAAGCUGCCGAGCAGAAUGCAAUCGAUCUCUUGCUCAUUACUGAUGAAUUGUUCAGGUCGAGUGACCUCAAACAAAGAAUUGGCUAUGUGAAAUUGUGUGAAAAUGUUCAAUCUACGGGUGGAAAGGUUGUCAUGUUUUCUGGCAUGCAUGUAGCAGGAACACAACUAUCACAAAUGACAGGUGUUGCUGCCAUUUUAAGGUUCCCAAUGACCUUCGAGGAUGUGGAAAGCGAAGACGAAUCUAGUGAUGAAAGUGAUGGGGAUGACCAAGCAUAA